AUGUCUCUCAGUUUGACGCAUGUUAUCACGGUGGUUCCAUUACGCAAACCUCGCGAGAAGCUUUGGUUGAAAAGAAGCUGCGUAAAGGAAAAGGCGAAUCAAAUAACGCAAGUGUUAGAAAAAUUUGAAAAAGUGGACGACAACAGAGACGAUUCCUUGUUACGGCCUAGAAGAAACAGUAAAAACGAAUCUGACAACCGACCACCUGUUAGCAAUUUAAAGGGUGUUUCAAGAGAAUCUCCAGGUAUGUCAGCGCCAUUUGAAACUAAAGAUAUUGUAAAACGUGCAGCAAAAUCGUGCAACGUUUUUUGCUACAUUGCUGCACAACGAGUUGAUCAUGAACAGCGACGUUGCCUGUUUUACCACGCACGAAUAAAACCUGCCUUAAAACAAAUCAGCUUGUUGUAGGUUUCGAAAAGUUUUUGCGAAAAGUAGAGAGUAACUCUGCUUUAGUAAGCUUGGUCAAUAAACGAUUUAUUAUGGGCCAAAAAAAGAACUUUUCUUACGGGACCAACACAAGAAAUCCCGAGCGGCCUACAUCGACCCAGGUAGCCAAUCACAACGCAGGAUUCGUUUCAUUUUGCCCGCUCACGGAUUGCGCCAUAUAAAAAAGGUUCUGUCUGAGCCAGUGUCUUCUUCUUCUUUCAGGACUUCUCAGAGCUCUUGAACUAUACAGUCCAAACAAUCCUACUGCAGCCAAAUGGCGUUCUGCGCUGCGGCCACUGAGUAUUUACCAACAAAGUCUGCUUGAGAAGUCCGUUAGAGACUACACAAGGCUCUAUAGCGUUCAACACACUCCGCCGCAGACGACGUUAAGCGUCCGCUGGCGAAAUCACGGCACUGUUCCCUGCUACACUGAAGAAUCUCUGCAGAGAGUUUUCGGCCAUUUCGGCUCGGUUAGGAAAAUCAGUUUUCAGAGUGAAUGUAGUGCGCAUGUCGUCUUGGAGAAUGCAGAAAGCGCAUGCGCAGCUCUUAGCCUUUCAAAUUUGGGGUUUCCUGGAUGUCCAUUGCAUAUGCGUUGGUUGCCAGAGGAACACAAAAGACUGCUAUGGAAGAAAAAAGAUGCUGUUCCUAAACCGAUGAAAGAAAUGAAAAUGAGCGGACGAGACACUGCAAGGAAGAAAUCGCAUGGAAAGCGAUCCAGGUUCCAGGCCCCUCAAGCUCUUACUCGCCCAAGUCAAAUUUGCACGUGA